ACGAUCGCGGCAAACACUUGCAUGUCUCUUCUAUUGGCGGAUUUGAAAGUCACCCUUAGACAGCAUACCUCCUCAGACAGGUGCCGAUAGCCAUGUCAAGUAUUGACGACUUAUUCAAGAAGUCUGGGCUUCCCAGCAAACGAAAACUGGACCCAGUUCGUGACCCGACCGAGAUCUACAAAUCCGCCAAGCACAGCCCGAGCGGCCGCCGAAGCCGACAGGCGCACGUCGAAGAAGACCCCGACACAGCCAGGGAAGCCGGACCGUCGCCCCCACCCGACGGCGAGGAUGACGACCCCGACGGCGGCGACUACGGGCCGGCGGCGCCGCCCGCGGACGACGAGGACGAGGACGAGGAAGGGCGGUUCUUUGGCGGGGGCAUCACGGCGCAGGAGUCGGAGAUACUAGACUACGUCGAGGGGGCCGAGGGCGCGGGGCCCGCGGCGGCGGACAAGAUCGACGCGGCGUGGCUGCGGCGGACGGCGCUGUCGCUGGAGCGGCGGAUCAGCCGCAACGCGGAGCAGCGGGCGCGGUUCGCCGACGAGCCGGCGCGCUUCAUCGGCAGCGAGGCGGACCUGGACGCCGAGGUCAAGGCGCUGUCGUCGCUGGCCGAGCACCCGGAGCUGUACGCCGAGUUCGCGCGCCUCGGCUGCCCCGCCAGCCUCGCCGGCCUGCUGGCCCACGAGAACACCGACAUCGCCAUCGACGCCGUCGAGAUCGUCGGCGAGCUGACUGACGAGGACGUCGCCGCCACCGACGACCAGUGGGGCGCCCUUGUCGACGCCCUGCUCGAAGCCGACCUCCUCGGCCUGCUGCUCGGCAACCUCGCCCGCCUCGACGAGGCCCAAGAGGCAGACCGCGCGGGCGUCUACCACGCCCUCGCCGUCGUCGAGAACCUUUGCUCGCGCCGCGAGACCGCCGAGACCAUCGGGGCCGACGAGCCCCUGCUCCGCUGGCUGCUCGCACGCGCCGGCCGCGCCGAGAGGCCCGUCUCGCAGAACAAGCAGUACGCGGCCGAGAUCCUGGCCAUCCUUGUGCAGUCGUCGCCGGCGAACCGGCGGCGGCUGGCGGGCCUGGACGCCGUCGACGCGCUGCUGCAGCUCGCCGCCGCGUACCGGAAACGGGACCCGGACAAGGCCGGCGGCGGCGAGGAGGCCGAGUACAUGGAGAACCUGUUCGAGGCCCUGGCGUGCCUCGUCGACGAGCCCGAGGGCAAGGCCCGGUUCGUCGAGGCCGAGGGCGUCGACCUCUGCCUCAUCAUGCUGAAGGAGGGGAAGGCGAGCAAGGCCCCGUCGCUACGGCUGCUGCAUCACGCCGUCGCCUGGUCCAGCGGGGCAGAGGUCUGCGAGAAGCUUGUCGAGGCUGGCGGGCUGAAGACCACCUUCACCAUGUUCAUGAAGAAGCACGACAACCAGACCGCCGAGCACCUCGUCGGAAUCUUCUCGUGGAUGCUGCGGCUGCUGCCGGCGAACUCGGCCGAGAGGAUACGCACGCUGGCCAAGUUCGUGGAGAAGGACUACGAGAAGACGGCGAAGCUCGUCCAGCUCCGGCGGGAGUGCGCCGCCAGGGUGGAUGCCGUGCAGGCGCAGAUCGACGCCGAGCGGUGGGGCAUGGGCGACGAGGACAGGGCCGACAUGGCCGACGAGUGGUUCUCCAGGAGGCUCGACGCCGGCCUGUUCCGCCUGCAGACCAUCGACGUCAUCCUGGCGUGGCUGGUGGCUGAGGACGACGGGGCGAGGAAGAAGAUCGAGGCAUUGCUUGCCGACCGUGACGAGACCCUGGCUCUCCUCAGGGGUACGAUUCAGGAGCAGCUCGACGGGCUAGAUGUCGAGACCGAUAAUGGCAAGGACACUCGAGACAUGCUCAGCACUCUGAUAGAGUUCCUCCAAUAGCCUGCUCGGCCAUUGUAUAAUCGUGUAGAAGAUUCAAUAAUGAGAUUCUAGGGCCAGUCAUCGGAUCUGGCCCUGUGAUGCAGGUUCCGAGGCUUCUAAUCUGUUACGGAGGAGAGUAUAAAAAACAGCCGUCCGAUUCCAUGCAUUUGCCGCUCUGUGCAAGAACCACUCCACUCCCCAAAUGCCA